AUGUCGGGCGCGGAGCAAGGACCUAAGAUCAAGUACGGGGAAAGCGCUCCAAAGCUGGACAAGGCGCAGCUUCAGUUCAUGAAGCUGAUCGAAGAGCAGAAUCUGGACCGCGUGCAAAAACUAAAACGCAUUCGUCGCAACAAUCUGCUGACCGCCGGCGCCCUGGGUGUCUCCGUGCUGGCCAUUUACGGCUACUCUAUCUUCUCGGUGCAGCAGGAGAAGUUCCUCGACGACUUCGAGGAACCCAAGAAGAUCACCACCAACUAGCAGUCCAACAGAUUUAGUUACCCAUCUAGUUUGUAAGCGUUUUCUUCCUUUACACCAAAAACAC